CCAAACGAUUGUGCUGACGCGCUCGUCCCGUCGCCGAGGUAACCGGCCUAGAAGCCGGGAGGCUGUUCAGAAACCAACUGUUUUAUGGCUGAGGAGAUGGAGCUGUGUCUGCCACGAGCAGCCGGAGAGAGCGGGAGCCCGAACUCAGGGCCAGUGGACAGGCCGGUCGGAGGGAGCUUGGACUCGAGGCCAGUGGACAGGCCAGCCGGAGGGAGCGGGAGCCCGGACUCGGGGCCAGUGGACAGGCCGGCCGGAGGGAGCUCGGACUCGGGGCCAGUGGACAGGCCGGCCGGAGAGAGCGGGAGCCCGGAGUCGGGGCCAGUGGACAGGCCGGCAGUGGAGUGCAUGGCUGGGCCGGUGCAGGGCUGGGUGAUGCAGCAAAGCGCACAGGAGCUGGCGGCGGGUCUGAAAGCUGAUCCCUGCCUGGAGGCUAAGGAACUUGAUGAGAGCAUUGAAGAAAUGUUAAUCAGACUGGAUGAAUUUUGUGCAAUGCUUGACAUGAUUCGAAAUGAUUCUUCACAAAUUCUUGAUGAAAAUGUUCCAAAAAUAAAAAUCAAGGCCCUGGAAAUGAAGAAGGUGUAUGCAAAGAUUGAUAAGAUGGAGACUUUUGUGAAGAUGGUUGGACAGAAUGCAGCUAUACUGGAGCAACAAGUGAUUCAGGCAGAAAAAGACUGUGGAAACUUGCCAGGCGCUGUUCGUAAACUUCUACAUUCAAUCAGUGCACCUUCAUUUCUAAAUAAGAAAAGCAGCUGCUAUAACCAACAGAAUUCGACAUAUGAGCUACCUAAUUUGUACAGAACUGAGGCCUAUUUUCCUGAGAGUUCUGAUGGGACGUACUUCAGCAAACCAAACACCUGACUGCAACAAUGUUUCCCACAAGCUAGAAGGACACUUUAUCAAGAAAUACCGCUUGCAUUGACAUAAAGAACAAAACUCAACAUAUUACAGGAAGCCUUGUACAGUUUGUUUUGUCACCUGGUUCCAUUUGGAUGAAAGGUGGUGCGUGCACUAUUGAAUUUAUGGAGGUGUUUUCUGUGAAAUAUAACACUACAAAGAAGAAUGGGCUUAAGUAAAGAUACUGGGAUAUUCAAUUUUUUUGGGAUACUUUUGGGAUACAUUUGAGUUAGCCGUGAAAAAAACCUGAAUCUAACAGUAGUCACAACCUACCUAUGCUGUAUGUUAUACAGACCCUUAGUCUGAUAUCUGUUACAUAACCAACCUGCUCGUCAGCAAGGCCAGGAUUUUACAUUCAGCGGGUUAUUAAGUGG